AUGCGCAGAACAACUCUCAUCACCGGCCUGUUCCUAGCCUUCUCUCCUCUUCUCGUUUCAGCUGCAGGCACUUUGGGCUUCGCAUUGGGUGACAAGAAGGCCGAUGGAUCCUGCAAGUUCCACGAAGACUACGAAGCCGACUUCGAUGCCAUCAAGAGCAACUCAGGCAGCACCAUCGUACGCAUCUACGCCGCCAGCGACUGCAACACAGCUUCGCAGAUCUUGCCCGCCGCAAGAACCAAGGGAUUCAAGGUGAUUCUUGGUGUCUGGCCUGACGUGGAUUCGAGUCUUCAAGCCGACAAACAGGCUUUGCAAAUCUACGUUCCUCAGUACGUCGAUCAGGUCUACGGUGUGACGGUCGGUUCGGAGACACUCUACCGCAAGACCUUUACUGGCCCUCAGCUUUUGGAAAAGAUCAAUGAUGUCAGAUCGGUGCUGCCUCAAGGUAUCAAGGUUGGCACGGCAGACAGCUGGAACAAGUUCGCUGAUGGCACGGCCGAUGCUGUGGUCAAAGGAGGAGUCGACUUCUUGCUUGCUAAUGGCUUUGCAUACUGGCAAGCAUCGCCCAUCUCCAACGCCACUUAUACUUUCUUUGAUGAUACUCAACAAGCUCUUGGUCACAUUCAGAGUGUCUCGGGAUCUCUCAAUACUAUCGAGUUCUGGGUCGGCGAGACUGGCUGGCCUACCGAUGGAGGCUCCAACUACGGCGCCGCCAUUGCAGGCACCAAGAACGCACAAACCUACUUUGAAGAUGCCGUGUGUGGCAUGUUGUCAUGGGGCGUCAACGUCUUUGUGUUUGAGGCAUUCGACGAGCCCUGGAAGCCCCACGCCAUCGGUGAUAGCGGAUCUAGUGGUGACGAGACUCACUGGGGUGUCAUGAACGUCGACCGCAGCACAAAGUUCCCGCUGACCUGCUAG